UCCUGAAAAAGAUGUUCCAUUUUUUUUUACAUAUAAGAGAAAAUUAAAAGAUGAUGGUCGAUUGUGAUCAAAAGAAAAUAGAUGAAAAAAUUAUAUCGCAAACUUCUUAGCAAUCGAUAUAUGGAUAUCGAAAUGCAAGCGAUAGUCCUUUGGUAUAUCAAUUUGUAGUAUACUUUCUUAUGCACUGAUAACCUUUACAUUUUUCGGAAUUAUUUCGUGGUUAUUUAAAUGGGUAACGUUGAACGUGGAAAGUCAUUAUUUAUGAAAUACUGCUCAACUUGUCAUACAAUCGAGAAAGAUGGAAAACAUAAAAUAGGUCCUAAUCUUUUCGGGGUCGUAGGCAGAACAAGUGGUACUAUGCCUGGAUUCUUAUAUACAGAACAUAUGAAGAAGAAAGCUUGUACGUGGGAUGAAAAUACCUUAGAUAUUUAUUUAGAGAAUCCAAAGAAAUUUCUACCAGGCACAAGAAUGGUAUUUAUUGGCAUAAAGAAGAGUGAAGAACGAACAGAUCUAAUAGCGUUUCUAAAGACCUUAAAAUAAAAUAAGAACUUUAAAAAAACUUUUGCAUAUUUAUAUAAAUUUGUAUCAUAGUUGUUUAGGACUUGAUAGUUGCUUACUUGAAUAUCUUGAUGAGCUCCCAAGAUACAGAGAACGAAGCUGGAAGCUGCUGCCGUAGUAUCGUGACCCUAGAAAAAGAUAAACAACAUUAUUUUCUGAGCUCUCUCUCUCUCCCCCCCCUCCCUUUCCCUUCUUGGAUCAAUUUUACC